AUGGAAGAAAAAGAAUAUGAGGGCGCGAGGUUAAGGAGCAAAGCUAAAUAUGUGGUGGAGGGAGAAAAAUGUACAAAGUUCUUUUUUGAUUUGGAAAAAAAGAAAGGCAAAGCUGAAACGAUAAAAGGAAUAAGAGGGAAAGAUGGGGAAAUUGUAGAAGGGAAUGAAAAGAUUUUAGAAGAAGUAAAGAAUUUUUAUGAGGAUCUGUUCAGUACAAGGGGUGUGGAAGAGGAGGAGAAAAAUAAACUGUUGAAUCUGAUAAAAGCUAAAGUGAGGGAAGAAGAUAAAAAAGAGUGUGACCAAGAAAUCAGAGAAGAGGAGAUUGAAAGAGCGAUAAAUCAACUGAAUAUAAGGAAAAGUCCAGGAAUAGAUGGUUUGGGAACAGUUCUAGUUAUUUAUUAUUAUUUAAAUAUCCCAUUUAAUUAUGCCUUUUUUUCCUCCCUUCAGAGAGAAAUAUCAUCUGGUACUCCCACACUGAUAACCGUGAAAGACGAAUUCACCACAGCUCCGUCUACAAAGAGUUUUACUCAUGAAUAUAUUCUAAGGCAACGUCCAGGCAGUGGCAAUGAAGAGAAACCAUAUCAGUGUUCACGUCCUAUCGAUCUAGAAAGACACCAGAAAGUCCACACGGAUGAGGGAUAUUUCUGCUUGCAGUGUGGGCAUAAUUAUAAGCACUGGUAUUAUCUUCAUCAUCAUCAACGCAUUCAUACAGGAGAAAGACCUUAUCGGUGUUCACACUGUGGGGAUCGUUUCAGAGAACGCGGUCAUCUCCGGCAACAUGUCCGCGUUCACACAGGAGAAAAACCGUAUAACUGUUUGCAAUGCGGGAAGAGUUUCGCUCACCGAGGAAGCUUGCAGAUACACCAGCGCAUUCACACGGGAGAAAAACCAUAUCAGUGCUCACAUUGUGGGAACAGAUUUAAUGACCGACGUAACCUUAAACGACACCAGCGCGUUCACACAGGAGAGAAGCCGUUCUUCUGCUCUCAGUGUGGAAAGAAUUUUUCUUACCAAAGCAGUCUAAAAUCACACAAGAUUAUUCACGAGAGAAAGAAAUGAAAAGAAUAUUUGUGCUGCAGAAAGUGUUAUUGUUUUCAAUUAUGUUAAAAACACCCAAGUGUUUACAUGGAAUCCUGAUUUCGUACUGACAGGGAACUUGUUGUUCCUUGUCUCGCACCACAAUUUUUAUUUAUUUAUUUUUUUUUAGUAGCACAAGAAAUUCUUGGAUAAUGCAAUCAGGUCUUUCAUUUGAAUUUAUAUUUAAAUAAAAUGACAAUAAAGCUCAUUGCCACUCCCUA